UGGACACAAGAUUAACUUCAGGGCCCCGUUCAGUCCCCCACAACUUGUCUCAUUUUCGAUAUACUUCAAGGUUUUCACAAAGCCUUACAGGAGCAAAGAACGUCACGCGUCAAUGCGUUACGGUCACGAGAACGAUUCCCAGAAACGCUACGGCUGCCGUGUGUUUUGGUUUCAAAACUAUUGAAGCAGAUCUCCCACUCCAGGUCGAACAACAUCGUGACGUAGAAAGGGUGAACGUUUGGCCGACUAUUCACUUGGUGCAAACCUGCCAGAUUGUUCGAGCAUUUCUGCCGAGGUGGUUCAGCCCAAGAUGUCUGUCUGUACGAUCAUUGCUUUGGUGUUGCUCUCAGUUCUCAUAUCAACCAUUAAUGCUGGUAAGAUUAUGUGUCCUUAAAUCACAACAUGAUAGCAGAACUGAAAUUCUUAUUAUUCAAAGGAUUUGGUGAACAUGGCGGAUUAUUUAUUAUAUCCCCUCCCAGCAGUACAUGUUACAAUUUUAACUUACUGAGAGAAAUAGGAAGAAGAAAGGUCCAAAUAAAAUCCGAAUUCAAUUGUUUGUAGGAUAUAGUGACUAGAUCCUCAAGUCUUUAGAAAUUUUUUUUUUUUUUUUAAAUUUGCUUUGCCAAUGUUUGAACUAGGUAUGUGGUUAAUUUCGGAUACUUUUUUUUUUGCUUGUCCCGGAACAGACCCUUAAGCUACAGCUGAACCCUCAAGGAAAUGAUGACCGUUGUGUUUGAAGAAUAGUUUGUCGAGCGUUUCUAUCUGCUUGACACAAAUGUGCAUUAAUAUGGAAACCAUGUUUUUAAGAGUUUCAUCUCAGUUGACUCUAAACACCAAUGAGCAUUACCUUUUCUUUUAUACAAGGAGCUACAGCAUUACCGUUUCUUUUAUACAAGGAGCUACAGCAUUACCUUUUCUUUUAUACAAGGAGCUACAGCAUUACCUUUUCUUUUAUACAAGGAGCUGCAGAAGUGACGUCACUUUGGAUUAGUUUAAUUUUACUUGAUAAUACAAGAGUGGUUUCAUUGGUCUAGAAAGUCAAAUGAAUGAUCGCAUGUUCCUGGACAAUCGGAGAGUGAUUUCCUUUCUCUAUACGACUGAAUGGUUAAUCUUAAUUCUAAAUUUAAAACGAGCAUAUCUAACACUAGCAGUGGACCAUUAUUUUCUCUACUACGUCUAAUGGUCGUGACGUUUAAAAGUCACAUAACCAUUUUAAGACAUAUUUAAUAAUGAGGACAUCAAGUGACACAGUUGUGAUGUAUUUUUUAAAAGUAAUUUAGUUUUUCUGCAAGCGCCCUGCGUUAACGGAAGGGGUAGUCUGGUCGGCUAGUUCAAUGAUCUCGAUUAUGUGGUUCCUCUGACUUUUAGACCACAAUUACACUCCCACUCAUUGAGUAUCUUUCCAGGUUGUCAAAAUGUCGUACCUAUAUACAAAAUAACUGUGUUCUUUCGUGGCUUCUAUUUAAAUCUCUCCCGGGUUAGCUUGGCAACCAUGUGCAAAUUCGGUCCAAUUACACAACACUUACUUAUAAGCGAAAACAAUGAUCAACUUUGCAUGCUUAUUACCUCGUUGUGAUACACAUUUCAAAAAUGAAGCACCUUACAGAUUUUCUCCCGGAACUACAAAUACAUGGUGGCUGGAGCGAUGCACCGUUGACUAACGUAUCCUCGCCUUCAAAAUGCGACAGUUUCAGUACUGUCAAUUUUUGGCUCCUACCGUAGUUUAAAACGAACACAGCGCAUCAACUGAUUUAUUGUUAACUUAAUUAACUUUCAUUUACAGAGUUUAUCGUCUCCUCGACGAAAAAAAUUGUAAAGAAAAAUAAAUCUCUAUAUGGAUGCAGACUUAAAUAGAUUAUGAAAACCUAAGUAACUGGGAAAACAUUAAGUUUAACAAACCUGAUUUUGAAAUCAUGAAUUAUUUCUUCAUGUGCCAGAGGAUAAGUUUCAUGCCAAGGCUUUUGACCAGGGAAAUUUAAAUUUCUGCAAUCCUGUUGGUUCUCGGGUCUUAGGUGAAAUGUCCUAGUUUUCUUUCACCCCAUCAAAUUGAGAUCUUGUUAUGGAGUGUCAAGAAUGAAAUACUGACAUCCGUCCGUCACAAUAAGAUAAUGUCAAGAAUUUAAUACUGGCAUCCGUCCGUCACAAUGUGACGAUGUUGUAGACCACAGUGCGAAAUCCACAAGGUCUGUGAUUAUUCUCCUUUAGGAUUAUAAGCUUUUUUCCCUACACAGCCAAUCACCGCUCUCCACGCCGGUGCCUAACACAAGCUUCACAUAAUACAUGGAUGCUACAGCUUGGCGCCAAUGACGUCGCAAGUGCUGCAGGAAUGUUUCACUGUGUUAAUGUAAUCCGCCUACGGGGUUCCAUCUCCGGGUUUGAAUUCAGAGUUUCCUUCUCUUAGCUAAGUUGCAAUCCAAGGUUAACGAGUCCCAACCACCCGAGGUGCUCGUUAUGUUUUUGCUUGUAAUACUCGGUACAUAUAUUAGGUGAUAUGGAUCCACCGAUCUACGCACAGUGGACCACGAAUAGCGUCCAGUUUUCGUAACUCCUCCCCAAAGCUGCAUAUACUAUCUUCAAUGGCACUGAGUUUGGCAAAAGGAUAAGUGAGUGGUACGUGUUCUCUUUCUCAAGAUUUCAAGAGCCGAUCUGGAGUGUCGAGUACACGAUCACAUUAAGUCUGGAAGUUCCGUCUCUUUCAAUGUGUAUACGAUCUCUCUAGGUCUCUGUGAACAGCCUUAAGUUCCGUAUCAAAAUUUGAUGCUGAAGUCCCACAAAGCAUUGAGAUUUCUUUAUUCGGUGGUCUGCUGGGUAUAGUAUGAGCGCACCAUACUCAGAGGUUCUUUCUCUCAGGUUGGCAGAGCCGUCCGUGAACACUUUUACUGGUAUGUUGGAGAACACAACAAUGGUUUCAAGGGCAGCCACUUUCUGAACAUGUCCAGGGCUGCGUUUCGUUACUGCUGCAUCGGUCAAGGUCAAAUGUGUGGAAGGACGUGACGGGUCCUCAUAUGGUGAUUGACUGGGAUUAGGCUAUGAUCUUGCUUAAUUUUUUAAUAUGUUUUAUAUUGAAAGAUCAAAAUUUUCGUUAGCUAUAAACAUUGCGAGUGAAGUAGUUGUCGCAAUUAACGACGUGGUUUUUAUUUAUAGUUCAGGCAUAGCGCAGUGCCAGAUUGGACCUUAAACAUUUGGCUAUGUCAAUCUAAUGCCCUAAAUAGGUCAAUUGUAAAAUAUACUUUUCAAAAUCUAAAAUUUACUUUUAUCUUUCUGGGUUUGUUUACGUUUUAUUAAGCCCAAUUCAAUCAAUAUUGUCUUCUUAUUUAAAAUAAUACCUUUCUUUUUUUAUUUAGAUUCUUUAGUAACCCUAGAAGGCGCCCCCUCCACCAUCCACCCUGUCUUGACCAAGACCCUUCAGCUGAGAUGUGCGGUCCAGAGUGACAGCUCGUCGGUCACAUCGCAGACGACGUCAUUGUACAACUUGAUUACAACCCCACAACCUGGAAGCGCUACAGACUCCCCACCUCAAGAUGGUGUCCAGGCCACAUCUCCAAGUGGCAGCAUCGCUAAGCUUCUGUCUCUGGUGAUCACCAAGAAAAACCAGGGGACUGGGCUGAGCGAGACUCUGGCGAGUGUCACAGGCUGCAACGUCCCGAUAAUCGAAGAGAAAUUCCUGUCAACGUUUGGAGUGGAGGGAAACAGUGAGGGCUCGAACCAAAACGGUGAACUGGGUUAUCUCGUCUUGACCUGGGACAGACCCGAUGAAGGUGAAGCCGGGAUCUACUCGUGCGAGGCAUACGCCCUCAACUCGGACAAACACCCCGUGUCUCUGAUUGCGAAUUUACCUAUUGCAUCCGUUCAGCCAAACAUUGCCGACCUGGUGACCUACAUCUCCGCCAACGAGAGAGAGAUCACCUCCCUCAAGUCAAUGGUAAACGCAGUGGCAGGCGAGAACGCCGCGUUGAGACACGAAAACUAUCAGCUCUACAUCAAAACCAAUGAAUUAGAGAACAGGUUGACUGGACUCAAGGGUCAGAACAUUCAGACCGGGUCGUUCAGCUGUACUUAUCAGGAAAUUCCAUUUCCCCAGCCCUACAACAACACCCCCAUUGUCUUCUUAUCUACUGCUUCUGCCAGCAUCUCCUCGAGCUACUCCUAUAGCACGGCGUCCUACAACACGAAUCUUCAAUCGGUCACACCCUACUCAUUCACCGUUAGCUGCUCCCAGAGUUACUUUACUACAUCUUUCACUUGGCUUGCCAUUGAUAUCUGAAACCUUCAACAGUAUUUUUUUCUGAUUUUCUUUUCAAGAAUUGUAUUUAUCUCAAAAGUUAAAACCUAAAAGCUGGAGUUCACUUUUAUUUUGUCAUAAAUAAAACAUUAUUUUUC